GGUUCCUUGAGGAACGUGAAAGGGAACCGCGAACCGGAGUUUCUUCAUUGUGAUUCUACUUCAAUGAAUCCCCUCAAUGGUGACACAAAUAUUCGAUGGAGGGACUACAAAUGCAGACAUGCUGCCUGACUGUGACAUCGCAAAACACUUUAAAUAGCUGAAAAGUGAGAUUUCGACUCGCGUUGCCCUCCGAUGACAAGUUGUCAUUAUUAUUGUCGAUCGUAUAUGAAAAAGUAAAGUUUUGCAAAUUCUCUGAGAAUGCCAGGACUUGCCAAUAAGCACAGCGGAAGGCUCAUGAGCUGGUGCUCCUAAUUAUUCCUCGUGGAACAGUUUGCCCUCUCUUGGAAACAGGCUGAGUUCAGUGGGCCCUUUUAUUGUGUGACUUGGGAGACUUCUCGCCACUAUUUCUGAAUGCAAAUCAAAGCAUAGUAGAUACAUUGAGCCACUUACCGUCCAAAAUGAGCUUCACCAACUACUGGGUGGUGGACUACGACCUGUCCUCCCCGGCCCCGCCCAGCUUUGCCAGGGGUCCCGGGGUGCCGCAGCCGGCGGCGGGACACCCUGAGCAGGCCGCAGCCUUGUGUUUCGUGGGCCUCCUGGUUCUCCUGCUGCUCUUCUUGCUGAUUCGCUGCGUGCGGACCCUGCUGGACCCCUACAGCAGCAUGCCAGCGUCAUCGUGGACGGACCACAAGGAGGGUCUGGACAGAGGACAGUUUGAUUAUGCGCUGGUGUGAAGACUAGUUUGUGCAGAUUAGACGAGGCAUGGGCUGAUUACCAGUUUGACAGUUUACAGCAGUUUUAAAAAGUAAAUGGGAAAAAAAGCCAUGUUUUAACAAGUGAAUUUUAAAUUAUGUCUUUUAUUCUGGGAAAAGAACACCUUUUCCACAGUAAAAUAUAGUUUAAUUAUAUGUGCAAUACAUUUAAAUUUAAUCAUUAUUUAGGUCAAGUUAUUUUCCCUGAGCAUGUUACAGUGGUUGCCAGUAAUAUGAAAUAUACUUUUUAGGGAUAAACGUUGAAAGAUGAUUUAUAUUAACAUGAAAAUGAAGUUUGUAUUUGAAGUUUGUGCCAGAACUCAAUGUAUAAUAAAUAACCUGUAGCUGUGGUUUCAACGUGAACUAAUCAGGUGGGUGCUCAGGUAGAAUUCUUUUGACCAAAGACUGCACCAUUAAUGGGAUGGAUGCUUUUCCAUCCGUUGUUUCCCACAGUGUUUAUGAUACGUGACGGUUGUUUAUGGUUUUGCUAGUCCCUUUAGGAGGCUUAUGAUGUCCAAAAUGGAUGGAGAAUCCUUUGAGAUUCAAUAGUUCAGAUUUUACAAUGUAUUGAAUGGUAUUAGAUUGGGCAGAUGUAUGUAAUGCAAUGGCCACGUCAGAUAGUGACGGCUUUAAAUACAUUUAUGUCCUCCGGUCUGUUUUGCCUUCUGUCCUCAGCCAAAUAUGUUCAAUAGUGCCUGCGGAAAAAGAUGUGUGACCAAAUGUUGUCACUGCUACUUUGUACUACUUGUUUUGUAAAAACCCUCUGUGCCCUUUAGUUCUAUGCAAUGUCACCCUGACAAAUGUUUUUAGGGAUUUUUAGCAAUGGAACAUUUGUUUCCUUGAUGAUGAAUAAAAACAGUUUAGUUAAAAAAAAAAAAAGUGCUGCUUUUUUUCCCCCCUCUAUCCUGUUGACAAGCUUUAAAGCAAAUUAAAUCAAUCUGUUUUUUUCUUUUUUUUCUUUUCAUGGGAGCAAAGUGGUCCGAUGUGACACUAUCUGGAUACUUUUAGAACUACAAGGGCCCUGCCACUGGUAACGAAAAUAGUCUACACACCCCUGUUGAA